UUGGACGCAUCAAGGCCACCUGGCUCGCACAGACAGGUGGGUGGGGAAAGCCAGGUUUGCCAUGGAGAAGAUUUCAGUGUCAACAUUCCUCCUCCUUGUGGCCCUCUCCUACACCCUGGCCAAAGAUACCACAGUCAAACCGGGGGCUAAGAAGGACACCAAGGACACAAAGGUCUCUCCACCCAAACUGCCCCAGACCCUCUCCAGAGGUUGGGGUGAUCAGCUCAUCUGGACCCAGACAUACGAGGAAGCUUUGUACAAAUCCAAGUCAAGCAACAAACCCUUGAUGAUUAUUCAUCACCUGGAUGAAUGCCCACACAGUCAAGCUUUAAAGAAAGUGUUUGCUGAAAAUAAAGAAAUCCAGAAAUUGGCAGAGCAGUUCAUCCUCCUCAAUCUAGUUUAUGAAACGACUGACAAGCACCUUUCUCCUGACGGCCAGUAUGUCCCCAGGAUCAUGUUUAUUGACCCAUCCCUGACAGUUAGAGCCGACAUCACUGGAAGAUACUCAAAUCGUCUCUAUGCUUAUGAACCUUCGGACGCAGCUCUGCUUGUUGACAACAUGAAGAAAGCACUCAAGUUGCUGAAGACUGAAUUGUAGAGAAAAAACAAAAUUUGCAAGCUCUUCCCUCUGUUUCUGGCCAUGACCUGGAACCAGAGGGGAUUUCAGAAGACCCUGCAGAAGGCAGGAGCGCAGUGGGCAUGCUCAUUGGGUUAUGGUUUAAUGUUACAACAGCUAUUUUUUAAAAUUUGUUUUCAAGUAUACAUGUAUGAAAACAAUAUUGUGUACUACCAUAGCAAGCCAUACUUUUUAAAAAAAUAAAUCCUUCGGGGGUGUUAAACUGUU